GGGCUCUGCUUCAGUUUCUGCCUCAAGUUCCUACCUUUAAUUCCUGUCCUGACUUCACUUCAUGACGAACUGUAAGCUGUAAGAACAUUCCUUUCUACAAUCAAUCAACAUGAACGCAGUAGCCGACACAGUCGUGUUUUUUGGAAAGUUUCUAUAUUACUUUUUAGAAUCUGUAGUUUUCAAGAUAAUUCCCAAAAGGAAAAAGGAUGUUACUGGAGAGAUUGUCCUUAUAACAGGAGCUGGAAGUGGACUUGGAAGACUACUGGCCAUGCAUUUUGCCAGGCAUGGAGCCAUUUUAGUUCUCUGGGAUAUUAAUCAAGAAGGCAACAUGGAAACAUGUAGACUGGCCAAAGAAAAAGGUGGUGUGAAAGUCUUGGCCUAUAAGUGUGACUGCAGCGACAGGAAAGAGGUCUACAGGGUUGCCGAUCAGGUUAGAGAAGAAGUUGGUGAUGUCACUAUCCUCAUUAAUAAUGCAGGUGUUGUAACAGGGAAGCCCUUCCUUGAUAUUCCAGAUCAUAUGGUAGAAAAAUCAUUUCUUGUCAAUGCCAUCUCUCAUUUCUGGACUUGUAAGGCCUUCCUUCCUGCCAUGAUUAAAGCUGACCAUGGUCACCUGGUCUGUAUUUCAAGCAUAGCAGGACUAGUGGGUAUUAAUGGACUAUCAGAUUAUUCUUCAAGCAAAUUUGCAGCUUUUGGCUUUGCUGAGUCCCUCUUCCUUGAAUUAACUAUGCUAAGAAAAUCUAAAGUAAAAAGCACCAUCGUCUGCCCAUAUUUCAUCCAAACUGGAAUGUUUGAAGGUUGUGCAACCAAGUAUCCACUUCUGUUACCUCUACUGGAGCAAGAGUAUGUGGCUCAAAAAGUUUUCAAUGCUAUUUUAGAGGAGCAAGUUUACCUACUCAUACCCAAGUUUGCGUAUUUCGCAUUGAUUCUCAAACAAAUAAUAUCUCCAAAAAUGAUGAUUGCCCUUGGUGAGUACCUUGGCGUGGAUACCUGUAUGGCGUCAUUCAGAGGGAGAACAAAGGCCAAAGAACUGCAGGCUGAAACAGAAAAGAAACAGGAGUGA